AUGACCUCAAACUCAUCCCUCGCCGGAUCAGGCACUGCUUAUUCUUCAGACAUGGAAGAAUCAAACUUCCUGAAACGCAAUCGUAUCAUUCACUUUGCACGCCUUGGUCUAUCUUUCUUGACUUUCGGCAUUGCUAUUGCCGUCGUCGCAUGCGAAGCCCCACCCUUGCGGCAUUAUAAGCACACCUCACAGUGGGCAACUGUUGGUCUCGCACUGUGGCCUUUGAACUUUGACCUCCGUCCAACAACAGCCGCCAUUGCAUGCGGCUGUAUAAUCUCCACCUUGAACUUGGUAUACAUCGCCGCUGCGCUCCUACCAUCCCCACAUUCACGUAUAAAGCCACUUAACAUCUACGCCUCAGCAUCAGCUGUCGCAGGUUUUCUAACUGCCUUGGUCGGUAUUUUAUUUAUAAUCUACCGUCCUUCCGCGGACUACCCAGCUGGGUUCAGCAAGAAUGAAACCCUGCACAGCUGGACUUGCAAGUGGAAAACAGGGACAAGCAGCGUAAAGACACCCUAUCAUUUUGAUCGUGACUGCAUCAAUACUAGCGCUGGCUUCGUCUUGCUGUGUAUACUUGUUGGAAUGGAGGUUUUGAUGGGACUCGUUGCUGCUGCUGGCACGUGGUACCAGCGGGAUGUUGCUCGUCGUCGGGCAGAGCAGUUCCAACUUGAGAAGUUGGAAAUUGCUACUAAGCAGGUGUACCGCAAUUGA